CGUUGUGUUUCUAGCGCAAAACAGUCGAAAUUGUCAGCUCGUUGGCUGAGCAUCGCAGCAGCUCUUCUUUAGUUUAACUUUUAGUGCCCACUGGGACCACAUUUGCAUCCACGAACAUCCCGAGGACUUAACACAACAGUUAAUAUGGCUAAAAUAUUAAUCAGUGCUUUAUUGUGUGUGGCCAUGUUUGGCUCGAUGGUUCUUGGCUCACCGGAAUGCCCCUCGCCCAACGGUCGAUUCGCAUCGGGCGAUCAGUGCGAUGCCUACACAGAGUGCAAGGAUGAUGUUCCGGUUGAGAAACUGUGCCCGGAUGGCCUAUUGUUCCACCAGCGCACCAAGGCGACCGGAGAGUGCACAUACGCCCCGUACUCCACCUGCAAGGAGCGGGCCCGCCUGCAGCCCGCCAAUGGAACGGAUGAGUGCCCGCGGCAGUUUGGCUUCUAUCCGAAUGGAGAUGAGACCAAGUGCGGCAUUUACCGCAACUGUGCCCAUGGCGUAGCCUCGAUAACCAAGUGCCCCGAGGGACUGGCCUUCAACGAGGAGACCUACCAGUGCGACUGGCCCGAUCUAGUGGCCAACUGCAAUGCCGAGGCCUAUCUAGGCUUCAACUGCCCAGCCGCCGAUGCGAUCGAUGGUACCGCUCCCGAGGUGGACGUCAGUCCGGAGGGAGAGCUGCGAUACUAUCGCCACCCGCAGACCUGCAAGAAGUACUUCGUGUGCGUCAACGGACAUCCACGUCUGUACAACUGCGGCAAGUACCUGGCCUUCAACUCGCAGUCGAAGCUGUGCGACUUCUACAACAAGGUACCCGAGUGCUAUGCGCUGCUCAAGGAGAAGCAGCGGCUGAAGGCGGAGAAGCAGAAUCCACAGGUGGCUCAGCCUGAGGCCUAGGCCCCCAGAGAAACCGAUGGAAUCUCAGAGGCUGCAAUCUAUACACUUCCUGUGCAAUGAUUAUUAUCUUGUAAAUAUGUAUCUGCUUGUUGUUUAUGCAUUGCAAUAAAUAAGUAAUCUAUA